AUGUUUCAUUCUGUGGCGACUUCGACCGAUGAGCAGCAGCAAACAUUGCCCGAGCACAUAAAAGCGAACGAUGACGAGCAAACGGAACCGGAGCUGCUCGAUCUCGCCAUCGUGGGUGCAGGCAUCUCCGGUUUAAUGGCGGCCCGAACGGUAAGCGACAAGCGUGCCGGCAUACAGUUCCGAGUGUUUGAAAAAUCUGCCCAUCCCGGCGGUUUGCUCGGUGGGCUGAAAACACGCUGGAUAACGCGGCACCACUACCACGCGGCCGCCUUGUGCCGCGAGCUUAACAUUCCCCUGACCACGGUGUGGCGUCAGUCGGAGGUAAGCGACACGCGGCGCACCCUACAAUCGAUCGGGCCAUUCCGUGAGUUUGAACCGUCAAAGCCGGAUGGGUCGGUUUUGGCGUCGAUGCGAGAAAUGUUGGUCCGUCUCGAAAGUACACGUUUUAUGAGUGAGCUCGAUUGUCUCUGCACGGUAAAGUUUAUACCACGAAAUUCGGAGAACAUGGAUCACUUUCUUUGCAAGAAGCUGCUGUUCGAAGCGUCACGUGGAUUUUUUCGUUUCCUCAUCAAAAUUGGCACCGGGUUCUAUCCGUCCGAGCUGACCGUGUCCGACUGUUUGCGGAUGCUCCGGUCCAUGUCGUCCGCGUCGGAUCUGUACGGUAUGCUUGCGUUACGGAACGGUCACCUGCAGCCGUUGGGUUCUCCAAACUGGGAAGUACUCAUCGAACAGCUCGUUGCCCGUGUCGGGCACGAAAAUGUGCAUUAUUCAACCAACAUUGUGCAGGUGGAAAUUAGCAGUGAACAGCGGCAUGAAAUUGUUUCCCUAACCGAUUCGACCGGCAAGCGGUGGCGUGCCCGAUACGUCAUACUGGCCGUAUCCUGUUUAGAUCUGCUGCAAAUUAGCUUCCGGCCCACCCAACCGCUCUACUUCCAGCAGCCCAACAGUCAGCUGGGACUUUGGUCGAUGGCCAACUUUACCGUACGCUAUCCGGCUCCGUACUGGCGUGAUCACGGCUGCACCGGUUGCAUCUUCAGCCCCUCCCAGUCCCUAAUAUGCCACGAAUCGGGUCACAAUCAAUUAUCCGGCACCUACUUCGCACCGCUGCGUGGCGUUGUGGACGAUACCGAGCGCCAUCUCAUACGCGACACGGUACUAAGGCUGCUCCGGACGAACUUCAACUGCCGCACGAUGCAGAAGCCGCUGGAAUGUAGCGUCGAAGUUCACCCGAUACCGUUCUACUUCGAUGUGUUCCCAACGUUCGAACGGUGCGUCAUAUUUGCCUCCACCAACGUGAGCUGCUGGUACCGGGGCUUCAUCAACGGGUCGAUACAGGGUGGAAUACGUGCCGCUAUUUUGGCGCUGCUGGAGAUCCGGCCGCAAACCAUCACCUUCCGGGAGGUGACCGAUAUGCAGUGCAUACACUUCAAGUACUUUCAACGCCGAUCGGCUGCCGUACGGUUCUGGUACUCGUUGAAUCUUGCCAGCGCGUGCCGCUUCCUGCUCGGUACCGGUGCGGUCCUGUUGACCUUAGGAGUUUGCCGCAUGCUCUUCAGAGCUGAGUUUUGGACCGAAUUGUCUAACGGUGAAGUGUCUGUAUAA